AUGGAUGUAAAUAGAGCAGAUGAUAGCUUUGUGGGAAAGCCUCUAAAACUCAGCAAUAUGCUGGAGAACUACAAAGAAUCACCGCUAUACACGGGUAUCAGUGCACUUUCUGCAUUGGAUUCCAAUGUUAGACUUGUAAAGCGGGAUGGAAACUGCUUCUACUACUCGGUGAUUUUUUUAAUGCUUGAGCACUACUCGACCCCAUUGCUUGCUGCACAUCUGGUGCAGGUCUUUAGUAAGCACAACGCCAAUUUGAUUUUAAGCGGUGUUGAUUCCUAUUUGGUCAAUGAGUUUUCGGACCCAAUUAUGUCUGUUCUCAAGGCUGUGGGGAACAACGAAGCGCUUGAAAUAGAGGCCCUAGACGGAGUAUUCUGGAACUAUACGGUGGCCUACUUCAGGAUGAUCACCUCUUUAUGCAUAAAAAGCCAUCCAGAUGAUUUUUCUGCGUUUAUAGAAAAGCCCCUCAACGAGUACUGCGCAGAGUCUGUUGAAGCAAUUGACCAAUAUGCAGGAGAAGUUGAGAUGAUUGCAAUUUCUAAGGCCCUCUCAAUCUCAUUUGACCUGUUUUGUAUAGAAAAGGAAAGAAACGACCGCUUUACACGGGGGUCCGGCGAGAAUAUUGGAACUCUUUUAUUUAUUGCAGAUCAUUUCGAUAUUCUAUAUAUAUAA